AUGGCGCCUAUGAAACGCCAUCAAUCCUCGAUUGAUGAUGGACAUACUGAAAUCCUAGAUGUCGAAAGCGCUCAGUCCAGCUUACAGCAAGCUUCAAGGAAAAGGGCUCGGCUCUUGCAUGAUGAAAUUGAAAGGUUCUCAUCGACCGAGGCCUCGAAUGAUGAAGACUUUGAUGAAGAACAAGCAACGCAAUUUGCAACCCAGCAAAACUCGAAACCCCGUGCCAACAACAAGGCCGCAGACAAUGGCAUCAUUGAGAUGAUCACUUGCUCAAACUUUAUGUGCCAUACGCAUCUGGAAAUGAAGCUGGGCCCCCUUAUAAACUUCGUCAUCGGCCAUAAUGGCAGCGGAAAGAGCGCUGUUCUGACCGCCAUCACAAUAUGUUUGGGGGGAAAAGCAAGCUCAACGAAUCGUGGCCAAAGCCUGAAAAGCUUCAUUAAAGAGGGCCAAGAGUCUGCUAUGCUGAGCGUAAAGAUCAAGAACUUCGGGCAGAGCGCAUAUCAGCACGAUGCGUUUGGGGACGCUAUAUUCGUCGAACGUCAUUUCUCGCGCUCGGGGAGUAGCGCCUUUAAAUUGAAGAACUGGAACGGGAAACUCAUCUCCAACAAGAAAAGUGAUCUAGACGAGAUGUGCGACUAUUUUGCUCUACAGAUUGAUAACCCAAUGAACGUGCUAUCUCAAGAUAUGGCACGGCAGUUUCUGAAUAACUCAUCUCCACAAGAGAAGUACAAAUUCUUUAUGAAGGGCACUCAACUUGAGCACCUAGACGGCGACUAUCUCAUCGUUGAACAAACGUUGGACGUUAUCGAUACUGAGCUUCACAAAAAGGCGCAGGAUUUUGAGGUCUUCGACGAUCAGGCAAAAAAAGCGCAGGAGCUUUUACAACUUUCAGAACAGCAAGACGUGAUCCGUGAGAAGAUUGACAUGCUGACCCAAAAGCUGGCGUGGAUCCAAGUCGAGGACCAGGAGGCGAUCCUAAAAGAGAACGACCUGGAACUUCGGCGGCUAGACGAUGAGAUAUCACGCUUAGAAGCAGAAUCAGCUAGUUACAGCGAAUCUUUUGACCAGACCGAACAGUCAAAAGCUCGAGCUGAGCACGCUGUAGAAAUGGCAAAGCAGACUUUAACUCCUUUGGAAGAGGAACACAUUUCUGUGAAAGACGACUUUGACAAGAACAGGAAGGAAGCGUCUGGAUUGCAGGCCGAGCAACGUAGCAUUGGAGAUGAAAUUAAAACAGUGAAGAAGAGGAUUGAAACCUUGAGGGCAGAAAUCGACGACGAGCAUCGGCGCUUGAGCGAAGCAGAUGGCGGUAAAAACGCGGAGCGGCGGCUUGAACUCGAACACAGACAAGAAAAAGCCUUGCAAGCGAAGCAAAGAGGUCAAGACCACGACGAAGAUCUUCCAAAACUCGAGGAGAAUGUUCGAAAGGCUAAGUCCGAUAGAGAAGAAUCAAAAGAACAGGUGGAUAUAAAACGACAAGCUGUCCGGCAAGCAGAUGGAAGGCUUGGGGCAAUGCAACGAGAUAGCGGAGAGCAGCUCAAUGGCUAUUCGAGUACGAUGCCUCGUCUGCUUAAGGCUAUACGACAGGAUGAUACACUUCGAAACAAACCAGUUGGCCCAAUAGGUAGCCAUGUUAGGCUGCUAAAGCCUGCAUGGUCGAGCAUUCUUGAAAAGCAAUUUGGUGGUGCGCUUGAUUCCUUCAUUGUUACGAGUAAGGAAGACCAGAGUAAAUUGUCGGCACUUAUGCAGAGAUGCAAUUGCGUAUGUCCGAUUUUGAUCGGUAAUGAUAAGCGACUCAAUACUAGCGAUCACGAACCAGGUCCAGAAUUUGAAACGUGGAUGCGUGUCCUAGAGAUUGACGACGAGCUUGUCCGAAAUUCGCUGAUCAUAAGCCAAGGGAUCGAUCAAACAAUUCUUAUCACCAACAGAGAGGAAGCUCUUUCGACGAUGAAUGGGGAUAGAAUUCGCAAUGUAAGGCAAUGUUUUACUCAUAACAAGAGAAGAGGACAAGGUAUCAGAUUCGGCUACGGCUUUGGGGGUGGUCUUUCUGAAUCUUUCAUCCCUGCUUUCAAUGGGGCCCCCCGUAUGAAGACGGACCUGGAAUACCAGAUAAGGUCGGUCAUCGUCAGAGUUGUACUGAAACUGGCUUACCAUCUUAGAUUGCAAAAGUCAGAUGUACAGGAUUUGAAGAACGAGCUCCAUGGGCUGGAAAAGUUACACCAAGAAAAACAAGCUUUUCUUGUUCAGUGUGAACAACUCGUUGGGAAACACAAGAAAGCCGCAAAGGAAAUGAUAUUCGAGUCGCAACGUGCACAGGGUGAUGUGGAGGAAUUACAGGAUGCGCUUGAUCAAGACGCAGUCGAGGAAGGUCGUCUCGAAGCUCUAAAGGAACAAGUGACGGAGGCAAAUGAAGAAGAAGAAUUGGUAAAGAACUCAUAUGGAGAUGCUGUCGUUGCCCUCGAUAAUGUCAAGCAUAACCUCAAAGAAGUGAGGGCGAACUUGUCACGACUUGAUGAUGCUGUCAAAGAAGCAGAGGCGCAUGUGUUCAAAGCUGAGAGCAAGGUAACUCAAUGCUCCAACAAGCGGGCAGGCGCGCUGCACGACAAGAACACUUCAAUAGAGGCUGUUGAGAGUGCACAACGUGAGAAAGCUAGACAAUUGAACACCCGUCAACAACAGGAUGAGACUGUCCUCGAAUUCACACGCGAGGCAAAUAGAAUCUGUGGACGAGUGCCAAUCGAACCCGGAGAGACGGAAACCGCCCUAGAAAACAAGUACAAAAAGCUGGAACGAGACCUUAACAGCGCCCAAGAGAGGACUGGCGAUCGAGCGGAAAUUGCUCGCAACGCAUGCAAAGCCUUCGAGUCGCGUGAUCGUGCGAAGGAGGAGAUUGAGAGAACCGAGACCUUGGCUCAAAGAACACUUGACCUUCAUGUUGAGCCUGAUGAGACAAGAAAGAGCGGCCAAGGGCAUACGACGCAUGGGCUGUCUGGAGGAGAGAAGUCUUUUUCUACUAUCUGCCUUCUGCUUUCAAUCUGGGAAGCAAUGGGCGCACCUAUCCGGUGUCUGGAUGAAUUCGAUGUCUUCAUGGACAACAUCAACCGAGAAAUCAGCAUGGGCAUGAUGAUCCAGUUCGCGCGAAAUUCCCCUGGGAAACAAUUCGUUCUUAUCUCGCCGCAACAGGCCAACACGAAAAACCAUGGCGACGAUGUGAAGAUAAUCAAAAUGAGUGAUCCGGAGCGCGGCCAGCAAACUCUGAACUUCGCAGCACAAGCGGCAUAA